AAGUCAACCAACAGGUAGCCAAGUGAAGGUCUGCAUCUCUGUAAACUGCUUUACAAGUUAUUCAAAUACUCUUACAGAAGCUGGACAGGUCUGGUAAUUGUAUUUGAAAGAUCAUAAAAGAUUACAUGGAGAGCAAGGAGUGAAACUGUUUUUAAAGUUUUAAGUCUAGUUCACUGCAUCAAUAAUAUUUUUUUAUUGUCAAAUGAUUACCAUUAAAAUGUUCCUAGCUGUAACACUAAGAAGUCCAGUGUCAUUAUCCUCCCUUUAUUAAUGCUUAAGGCGGACAUACAUUCAUACUUCAUAUUUUACAGUCAUAAAGAACAUAAACACAGAAGACUCCAUCUUCUUUUCAGCAUCCACCAUGGCUUCCUCUGACUCCAAGCUGAAACAGAUCACUCCAGAAUUGAGAUAUGUUUCACUCGAGCGACAGGAGCUCCCGGACAGAAAGAAAAUGAUGGGAGUACUUGAGGAGCUGAGGAAUCAUUGUGAUUUAAAAAAAACAGGUAGUAAAGAUAAGAACAGACAGAUAUCUGCAACAUGAACUCUUUCAUUCACUUGGUGUCCAUGAAAUCUCUGAUUUAAUUUGUCAAUCUGUAUUUUUUUCUUUUUUUACCAGAUGGAGCCACAUCUCAUCAUAGUCACAUUUGUAGCGUUGAUAAAAAACUAAAAGAACCAACAGAAAGAUCAUUUGAAGUCCAAAAAAGUCUUGAAAACAUCAUUAAUGCUAAAGAAAAGAAGACUGAGCAGAAAGGUGAGUCUCGGGGCCUGAUUUACUAAGACUCCACAUACGCAGAACUAAAUUGCAUCUACAUCCCAUCAAUCUUCAGAAGAUGAGCUAGCAUGUUUAUUUGCAGGUGCUAUGAUGGUUACACAUAUUUAAACACUCAAACCUUUAGUAAAUCAGACCCUAGGUUUAUACAACUAAUUAUUACACCAAUAUAUAUAGUGCUUGUUUUUUUUAACACAUCUUUUUUUCUUUGUAAGGGAAUUAUGUGCCAUCCAAUCCAAUAACUGAACCUGUUGAACCGCCUUCCUGUUCAAAUAUUUUCUUUGUUGAAGCUCCGCCCACUUUCUCUGGUAAGUCAGUGGUGCACAAAUGUCAAUUUUUUGGGUCUCUGCACUGUCACCUAUUGAGAAAGGCUGUUUUUACACUCUAUCUACAAUACUCAGUGCACCAAUUUAUUGUGGUAUAACUUAAUCUACUGUGGGGAACUUUGAACUCCGGUCCGUGUCUUGCAAAUGUUUUAACAGUGUCUUCUGAUAAGAAAUCUCAUCCUGCUGAUUUGAAAUAGUCAGACUUAUCAUUUGUUGUAAAUAUUUAUUGUUGAAAUUGUAAAAAAAACAGUCUGUUUAUUUAGCUGCUCAGCCGACAUCUACUCCCUCACACUGGUGUCAAGCAUUAUAAUGUAAAAAUCAUCCAUCGUGUUGCAGAUGCUCUUGUUUGUUUUUGUAGAUCAUAAAAAUGCAUCAGUUUGAAUUUCAGUCUAUUUCAUUGAUGUUGAAAAACUCCUCACUGGAGCUUUAAUGAAGUUUGGGUAAUUUCAUGUCUUUCCACAGCCCCUAGAGUGUAUUUGAAUUCGGAAAACCUCCCUUUGAGACCAUGCAGGACUCAGUGUCCACAGUGUCAUCAGCUUGUGGUGACUGAGACUGUCACCUCGGUCAGCAGUGGGACCUGGCUGAUGUGUUUCCUCACAGCUUGCAUAGGGUAUGGCAGAGUUCCUUCUACCCUGAUAAAAUAUUUGCACUGGAAUCAUUAUCAGGCUUUUAUGGGCUUCAUUGUGUUUGUUCAGCUGUUGCUGCCUCCAGAAUUAUUGACAUUUUAUUUCAUUCUUCUUCCCUUGUUUUUUUUUUACAGCGGUGUGGCUGGUUGUUGCCUCAUUCCCUUUUGCAUCAAAAGGUUCAAGUCAACCACACACAAAUGUCCUCUGUGUCGAUCACAAAUCCAGGUAACAAAAUUGCUCUGAGAGAAAAGCAGCAUUUGAGAAGGCGGAAACACUGACCAGAUAGUGUCGACUCACCAGUGAGGAUGUAUUUCCGCAGUAUGGCUUCCUCAAAGGGUCACUCCAUCACCAAAUAACUCUCCAUCGUGCAGGUUGCAGUGAAUAUCAGUGGUUUGGGAUCGAGUUUGUUAGCUCAGACAUAAAGAUGCAUUCACUUUGUGUGAAUGGAGCAUAUGUGAAAGGGAACAUCUGUUUCUGUGGCUGACACUUGUUGUGUAAUUGUGUAUUACAUAAAGACUAUGCAAUUUCAUCUAUUCCUGAAUUAAAAGACCAAAGCAAUAAUAUAACAGCACUUAAACCCUAUCAUACGACAAUCCCUCAUUUCCCACCGAGGUAUGUAAUGCUUAAAAUCUCCACCAGGUAUCACUGUUGUUUUCCUUUAACCAGGGCAUGAAAAUGAACAAAUCUCUCCUGACAUGUGAACUCUAUCCAUCUAAAUGCACCCUAUCCAGUGGUUAAUGUUUCUCACUGGAUAGGCAAUGUUUUACACUCUUGACAAUAUUUUAUUGCAUUGAAUCAGAAACUAAAAAUGACUAUAAAGCUUAUGGCAUUUUCAGCUAUUUACAGCUUGUUUCCUUUGAGGGAUGGUGCAGAUGGAUGUAGAGGCAGAAAAGCACAAAAAACAAAUAUGGCGAGCACACCAGAAGAAUUCGCUUGGCGACAUGAUAAAACAGAAUCUAGACCAGAUAAGCAGCUGUUAGAGUGUUGCAGCCAGUAAAAAAAAAGCAUGUCUCUAAAAAGUCUGACAUUUAAAGUUGUUCCUUCUUUAUGAUCUUGUUUAACUUUAUGUGGUCGGCGCAUGUUGUUAAACCUGUCUGGGGCAAAGAGAUUGGCAUAAAUUAAUAAAAUAGCACCGACUCUAGCUGGCACGUCUUUGUUAGAAAUAAAAAGCAGCUAUUGUUUUUGUCAGUCCUCCUGUGCUGGGACAGAAUAUAGACAUUUGUUGUUAGUUUUGGCAACCUGCAACGGAGCAGCUGGCUUGUCUGGCUCUUAUCUUUGACAUCUUGACUCUGCAACACCAAAGCCAAAUCAGAAUAGCGUACGAGAAAGUUGGCAGAAGAGUGGGAAAUAGAUUUGCACAUGUAAAUAAUAAACAUACCUCUCUUCUAUGCGCUGUGUAAAGCAUCCCUGUCAGCACUGGAGCCAAUCCAGGUGCCAUGGUGGAGCUGUUUUCCCUGUGGGUGGGCGGCAGAAACCAUGCAGAGGC